AGGGUGCGGUAAACAUACUGAGCAGGCCUAUUGGCAGUGGGGAGGGGAGAACAUUCCCCCAUUUCUCAGAUCUGAAACAAACUCCCCGUACAGGGCUUGAAAAACUGAGCAGACUCCCAGUGCUGGAGCCUGACCCCACUGGCCCAACUCUGCUGUGAAAUAUGAGGGGAAGCUGUUGGGAUUCCUGUUCCUGUCCUCAGCUCAGAGCUCGGCUUCCUGUGCCAGCCUGUGGCUGGCAGGUGUGUGGGAAAUGAGAAGACCCUGCCCUGCUCCGUGUGCUGGGGGGGACAAGGAGCUCUCACCUUCUCCCACCCCAUGAAGCCUCCUGGCUGCUCUGAGCAGAGUGCGGGUGAGAAUCUGCUUCUCCGACCUUCCCAGAGCUUCCGAGAUUGUUUGUUUUCUUUUUCUUUCUUCCUGUCCUGUGAAUAUUGGGACUGUGGCUGGGGCAGCAGAUGCUGAGUGGGGGACUUUCGUUGUUUCAGAUGCCAGUGACCUUCGAGGAGGUGGCUGUGUAUUUCACCCAGGAGCAGGGGGCUCUGCUGGACCCAGCUCAGAAAGACCUCUACAGGGACGUCAUGCGGGAGAACUACGAGGCGGUGACCUCACUGGGAUUUCCCAUUCCCAAACCUGACCUGAUCGCACAGCUGGAACGAGGGGAAGAGCCGUGGGUACCCGAUCUCCAGGCCGGUGAGGAAAGAGAGGUCCUGAGAUGCACCUGCACAGCAGGUGCUGAGAGAGUCGGUGAGAAGGAGGAGGGGAAUCAUCAUGAGGAAGAUCCUGAGGAAGUGGAACAACAGUGCACAUUUAUGGGAAGAGCUGAAGGGAAUUUUUCCCAGUGCUGGGAAGAGGGAGAAGCCUGGGGAAAUUGGCACAGGUUAGAGAGGCUGAUGGGAAACCACCCAGGGAAGGAAGUGGAUGAAUCUAUUAACUGUGGGAUCGGAGAUAAGGAUCCCACAGCCCAGUGGAUAAAUCCCAAGGAAGAGAAACCCUACCACUGUCUACAGUGUGGGAAAGGAUUCAUUGUGAGAUCACAGCUUGUUACAAAUCAGACAAUCCAUGCGGGAGAGAACCCCCUUCAAUGCUUGGUCCCCGGGAAAAUCUUCAGUAUCUGCUCAGACGUUAAUUACCAUGGGAAAAACCACAUAGGAGAGAAAUCCUAUCAAUGCCUCGAGGGUGGGAACUGUUUGAAUUCAGCACUAAUUACACAUCAGAUAAACCACACAGGAGAGAGACCGCAAAAGUGCUUAGACUGUGGGAAAAGUUACACACAGCAAUCAGACCUUGUUAAACAUCAAGCAAUCCACAUAGGAGACAGACCCCACAAGUGUUUGGAUUGUGGGAAAAGUUUCAGAAACACAUCAGACCUUGUUAGACAUCAGGCAAUCCACACAGGAGAGAGACCCUAUAAGUGCUUAGACUGUGGAAAGAGUUUCACACAGCGAUCAUAUCUUGUAACACAUCAGAGGAUCCACACAGGAGAAAGACCCCAUAAGUGCUUGGACUGUGGGAAAUGUUUCAUAUGGAGGUCAGAACUUGUUAAACAUCAGAGAAGCCACACAGGAGAGAAACCCCAUAAGUGCUUAGACUGUGGGAAAUGUUACACACGGCGGUCAGGCCUUGUUUCACAUCAGGCAAUCCAUACAGGAGAGAGACCCCAUAAGUGUUUAGACUGUGGAAAAAGCUUUAUACGGAGGUCAGUCCUUGUUAGACAUCAGGCAAUCCACAGAGGAGAGAAAUCCCAUGAAGGUGUGGACUAUGGGAAAGGUUUCCUAUAUAGGUCAAACCUUGUUAAACAUCAGGCAAUCCACAUAGGAGACAGACCCCACAAGUGCUUGGACUGUGGGAAAACUUUCAGAAACACAUCAGACCUUGUUAAACAUCAAGCAUUCCACACAGGAGGGAGACCCCAUAAGUGCUUAGACUGUGGGAAAAGUUACAUACGAAGUUCAGAGCUUGUUAGACAUCAGAGAACCCACACUGGAGAGAGACCCCAUAAGUGCUUAGACUGUGGAAAGAGUUUCACACAGCGAUCAUAUGUUGUAACACAUCAGAGGAUCCACACAGGAGAGAGACCGCAUAAGUGCUUGAACUGUGGGAAAAGUUUCAUAUGGAGGUCAGACCUUGUUAAACAUCAGGCAAUCCACACAGGAGAGCGACCCCAUAAGUGCUUAGACUGUGGGAAAAGUUACACACGGCGUUCAGACCUUGUUAGGCAUCAGGCAAUCCACACAGGAGAGAGACCCCAUAAGUGCUUAGACUGUGGAAAAAGCUUCGUACGGAGGUCAAUCCUUGUUAGACAUCAGGCAAACCACACAGGAGAGAAAUCCCAUAAGUGCUUAGAUUGCGGGAAAAGUUUCAUAUCGAGGUCAGAACUUCUUAAGCAUCAGAAAAUCCACACAGGAGAGAGACCUCACAAGUGUGUGAACUGUGGGAAAAGCUUCGUACGGAGAUCAGCCCUUGUUAAACAUCAGAAAAUCCACACAAGAGAGAGACCCUAUAAGUGUUUGGACUGUGGGGAAAGUUUCAGAAUUCCAUCAUCCCUUGUUUUACAUCACAGAUUCCACACAGGAGAGAGAUCCCACAAUUGUUUAGUCUGUGGAAAAGGUUUCAUAUGUAGGUCACACCUUGUUAGACAUCAGAGAAUCCACACAGGCGAGAGCCCCCACAGUGCUUGGACUGUGGGGAAAUUUCACGCAGAGAUCACACCUCAUUGAACAUGAGAGAAUCCACACAGGAUCUAAACUCCUCGGACACAGAGACAGAAAGUGUUAAGGAAAUUGCAUGUAAUUGACCUAGAUUCAACCUUUAGAGACAUGUUACAAAAAUGUGUGUCCUCCUGAGAUAAACUAGAGGUCGAAAGGUAAAGGUGUAUUGUUAAAGACAUGGAAGAAGAUGGUAACUGUAGUAGUCUCUGUUUAGCUGUAUCUUGUUAGAGGUUAACAAUGGAAAUAAACAGUUCCUGCCUAGGGCUCUAUUCUGUGAAUUCAGAGAUCAAAAGGGAACAUUAACAUUUAGACAAAACUUGGCUGUAUUAAUGUCAUUGUUCGUCUCCUGAAAGUUUGUGGUAAACUGUCUAUGAACUGCUUUAUGGAGAAUCACCUCAUGUUAAUCCAUGUUAUUAAUUACCAGUGAUGUUUAGGAAAUAGAAGGUUACUUCACAAGCCUGUUGUUCAGCCAAGACGUGCUGUCGAGAUGCUGUAAAAAUGAUCCUUUCUUCUCUGAUCUGCCCAAGCGUUAUUCGGGGUGGGAGUGAGGGAGUGUGAGUCGGAAGUCGAACAUCUCCAGUCCCAUCUGGAACGCCCUGACACUGAAAUUGGACGUUGGACUGGAACUUGAUGAAAUGAUUCUGUAAAGGACUCUUUGCAAUUCUAAAGCAUCAUCUCUACAGUGAAACUGACCUAAGGACUCGAUGCAUCUCUGUAUGGAUAAUAAUCGUUUAAGCAGCACACUCUCUCUUUUCUUCUUUUAAUAAAUCUUAGUUGAGUUAAUAAGAA